CUAGCGUUUCUUCUUCCUCAACCGGCUUCUAGGGUUUUCACGGUUUCGGAACUCAGGGAUUAGGAAGAGGUAAAUUCGACGGGGGAUCGCUCUCCAUACCUUUUUCGAAUCGGAUUUAGGGUUUUGGAUGGGUACGGAGAGGAAGAGGAAGGUGAGCUUGUUCGACGUGGUGGACGAGGCGUCCGUCUCGGCGAAGUUAACGAAGUCGAACGGUGCGCGAGCGGCCACCUUGAAUGCCAACAGUACGAUUAAUCGGUGGAACGGUAAGCCUUACUCACCCAGGUAUUAUGAGAUACUGGAAAAACGGAAGACCCUGCCUGUUUGGCAACAGAGAGAGGAGUUUCUGCAGGUGUUGAACGCGAAUCAGACUCUCAUCUUGGUCGGUGAGACCGGUAGCGGUAAAACUACUCAGAUUCCUCAGUUUGUUUUAGAAGCUGUGGAAGUAGAAUUGCCGGAUAAGCGUAGGAAGUGGAUGGUUGCAUGCACCCAGCCGCGAAGAGUUGCUGCAAUGUCUGUUUCCAGACGUGUUGCUGAGGAGAUGGAUGUAAGUAUAGGUGAGGAGGUUGGUUACAGCAUCCGUUUUGAAGAUUGCAGUAGUGCAAAAACUGUUUUGAAGUAUCUAACAGACGGUAUGCUUUUAAGGGAAGCCAUGACAGAUCCUCUUCUGGAAAGAUACAAAGUAAUAAUUCUUGAUGAGGCCCAUGAAAGAACUUUGGCAACAGAUGUGCUGUUUGGACUUCUGAAGGAAGUUUUGAGAAACAGAUCUGAUCUCAAGCUAGUUGUUAUGAGUGCCACUCUUGAGGCUGAAAAGUUUCAGGGUUAUUUUAGUGAUGCUCCUCUUAUGAAGGUCCCUGGUAGGCUUCAUCCUGUGGAGAUUUUCUACACUCAGGAACCUGAAAGGGAUUACUUGGAGGCAGCCAUACGUACAGUCGUCCAGAUACACAUGUGUGAACCUCCUGGAGACAUUCUUGUUUUCCUGACUGGAGAAGAGGAGAUAGAAGAUGCAUGCCGCAAAAUAUCUAAAGAAAUUGCAAACUUAGGUGAUCAAGUGGGGCCUGUGAAAGCGGUGCCAUUGUAUUCAACUCUUCCACCAGCAAUGCAGCAGAAAAUAUUUGAACCUGCUCCCCCACCAUUGAAUGAAGGCGGUCCUCCUGGACGAAAGAUUGUGGUGUCGACAAAUAUCGCUGAGACUUCAUUGACUAUUGAUGGUAUUGUUUAUGUCAUUGACCCUGGAUUUGCAAAACAAAAAGUUUACAAUCCACGAGUUCGCGUUGAAUCCUUGUUGGUGUCACCUAUAUCAAAAGCAAGUGCACACCAAAGAUCAGGGCGUGCUGGAAGAACUCAGCCUGGAAAAUGUUUCAGACUCUACACUGAGAAAAGUUUCCAUAAUGAUCUGCAUCCUCAGACCUAUCCUGAAAUAUUGCGAUCAAACCUUGCAAAUACUGUUCUUACCUUGAAGAAACUGGGAAUAGAUGACUUGGUUCAUUUUGAUUUCAUGGAUCCACCUGCCCCUGAGACACUUAUGCGUGCUUUGGAGUUGUUGAAUUACUUGGGUGCAUUAGAUGAUGAUGGAAACUUGACAAAGCUGGGAGAGAUCAUGAGUGAAUUUCCCCUUGAUCCUCAAAUGGCAAAGAUGCUCGUUGUUAGUCCUGAAUUUAACUGUUCAAAUGAGAUUCUCUCGGUCGCUUCAAUGCUUUCAGUACCCAAUUGCUUUGUCCGGCCUAGGGAGGCACAAAAAGCAGCAGAUGAAGCAAAAGCUCGGUUUGGACACAUUGAUGGAGAUCAUCUCACACUUUUGAAUGUUUACCAUGCUUACAAAUCAAAUAAUGAGGAUCCAUCUUGGUGCUACGAGAACUUCAUCAAUCACAGGACACUGAAGGCUGCUGAUAACGUUAGACAACAGCUGAUGCGCAUCAUGAACAGGUUUAACCUCAAGGUGUGCAGCACUGAAUUCAACAGUCGUGACUACUACAUCAACAUAAGAAAGGCAUUGCUUGCUGGAUAUUUCAUGCAGGUAGCUCAUUUGGAGCGGACAGGGCACUACCUGACUGUCAAAGACAACCAAGUGGUGCAUUUGCAUCCAUCAAAUUGUCUGGAUCACAAGCCAGAAUGGGUCAUUUAUAACGAAUAUGUCCUAACUAGCCGGAAUUUUAUUCGAACAGUGACAGACAUUCGUGGUGAAUGGUUAGUCGAUGUAGCUCCGCAUUAUUAUGAUCUGACCAACUUUCCCAAUUGUGAGGCUAGGCGUGUCCUUGAAAAGAUCUACAAGAAAAAGGGGAAAGGAGAGAGAGGAGAGUAGGAACAGAAAAUGAAGUAAUACUUCAUACUGCACAUGGAUGACAAUAUUUCUUCAAGUGUCCAAGUUAUUUAGUAUACUCUUCUGGAGUGUGCGAGUCAUUUAGUGCUUUGCAUACUCAAAAUUUCAUUUACCAUUCCGUCGAGGACGUUCCUUAUCUCUCUGUAUUAUUUAUCAACCAACUUAAUUUGGUGAUUUAGUUGUUGAACAUUUAAGGAGAGUAAUGGAUGGGGCAACAUUUUGGACCCGUUAGGUUGAUCUGAGGUUGCACAGUGCGUAUUUUACAUCGUGUGUUAUUUUUCUUUUUAUGCUAAUAGCUUUAUGGCUUCACUGGAUCAGGAAAAAAUUCUGGGACAGUUACUUUCCG